AGUAGUCCCCAUCGAUCCUCACCCAGUAGCAGUAAAAACUGAAAGCCCUAGGAUACUGAAUUCCCCACUGCAAUCGAUCCAAAUUCCCACUUCAUUUGGUCGAAACGGCAGGGAGAUUAAGCAGAAAAAAUGCAUUCGGUUAUGCUCAGAGCCAACGCUCUGGUAACGUUUUCCGUCGCCAUUCUUGCGCUAAUGUGCGCCAUGGCCUCUCUCUCUGACUACUUAAAUUCACCAUCUCCCACCGCCCAAGUCCAAGUGUUGAAUGUUUACAGGUUUCAGAAGAAGCGCAAUGGUGAUGAUGAGGUCAGUUUGACAUUUAAUAUAUCAGCAAACUUACAAUCUGUGUUUACAUGGAAUACAAAGCAGGUUUUUGUAUUUUUAGCAGCUGAAUAUGGAACUCCAAAGAACGCAUUGAAUCAGGUAUAUCGGUCCUGAUUCCUCAUAAAAUUUGUACUUCGAUAAGCGUUGCAAUUGAUUAUGAUUGCGCGCUUGUAGGGGUUGAAAAAACCCUGUUAGUCAUAGCAUUGUUUAACUUCAAUCACCAAUCUUUUUUUUCCAAGUUAGUCGCUACCAGUUUAGGCAUUCAUUCUACCUUUGCAUGCUAAUUUUUUGUUAAUUUGAUGGCAACGAAUCUAGUUC